AUGGGGGGGGCUUACAUCGAGAAGGGGCAGGAGUUCAUCGACCGAGGAGGGAGGCUGAAGAAGGCUUUUCCCGGCGGAGGCAAGCCGUUCUUCCAGCUCUUUAUCCGAGAGUUGCGGCGGCAUCGUUCCCUUCGUUUCGCUUUAAAGACCAGAUCUUUCUACACAAAAUAUUCAAUAACAAACCACCUAUCAAAUUUCCCGGUCAAACGCCUCGUGGAUCAAUCCCUGGAUCUGGGCCUCCGGCAUCCAGUACUCCCUCAGCCGGAUUUGCGAGCAAAUGAAGAGCUCGCCCUCGUGGUCGCAGCAGAGGACGCGUUCGACGAUAGUCUCGGAGCACAGUGUGGACUGAACAGCUCCGACGUCUCUUGGUUUGGGGAUGAAAUUGGUUCGGAUCUGGAAGUCGAACGCACAGCGCUAUCCGAGGACGACCUGCCGCUUUGUAUUUAUGCGGUCGUCGUCAAUCUCGAUAUGAUGGCAGUACUCGUAUCCCGGCCGUCGUUGAUUAUCCACUGGAUUCGGAUCCAUAAGGAAGACUCCUUGUAUAAUUAUUCUGGCUACAUAGUCCCUCCAAACAAGAUUAAACCCAUUGUCAAACCGAGAACCAAUGGAAAACCACUGCCCUAA